CGCCUAACAGCCACCCCAACAAUGAACAACGUCACUCACUCAUCCCGACCUUCUCCUUCGCCUCAACCUCCCUCCUCUGUUUCCAUUUCCACCGUGAGGCCCCCAAUCUAGUACUAGGACUACCUGGAUAUGCCCCUGGCUGAUCGCAGCCUCAGACCCCGCAGCCCGAAUAGUUCAUGACCAUGAACGCGUGCAAGAGCAUGGUGCCCGCCCUGCGCGCCGUCGCAACCAAGCCAGCAUUCGUCCCGGCGCGGAGCUUUUCGGCCUCGACCUUCAUGAGCCAAGGGGCCGCCGCAGCAGCUCCAGCUCCCACCCUGCCUGUCAGGAAGCCUGUGGGCGCGUUUCGCGGAGGCAUCUUCGGGUUUCUCACCGGCGCGCUCACUGCCAGCGCCGCAGUCUACAUCUACGUCCUGGGCGAGUAUCGGAUCGCGAACGAGUCGCUGACUGAGGAUAUCCUCGCUCUUCAAUCCGCGACGCAAAAGCUGCAAACGUACAUUGGCGAGCUAGAAACUAGGGUCGACCAGUUGCACAAGAAGAAAUAGUCUGCUGCGUUUCUCCCUUGAUCUCCUGUGUUUUGAAUCUUUGUUAUCCCGUAUAUCCAUUCUCUAUAUGUCUCUGUCUUUUCACUUUCCUGAUGGUUGAUGGAUGGUUGUGUUUUCCGG